AUGAACUUUGACUAUGCUCUGAUAGACCUGUCACUGGAUCGUGAUCUAUACACCUAUACAUCGAUACCAUGCGCAAACUUUACCUUUGAGGUACUCAAUCAGCCAAAAGACUGUUCAUGUGACUAUGCAAGUCAGACCAAGUGUGGCAGUACAGUGUCGGGCGACCCGUCCUGUCCGCAAUGCACCAGCGCAGUCGCAAUGUGUAAUUCGAACCGCAAGUGGUACACAUUGGAUCCUCUGGUUAACAAUACAGUGGAGGUAUCAACCGACGAUAUGGGCGUAACUACCACAAUAGCCUACCGAUCAUUGGAGAUAAGAUAUCAAUAUGUGUUUAAUUCAUCGAUCCCAGCAGAGUCUCUGAUGUUGACAGCAGAGAUGAUUGAUAGGACCAAUGCAACAUCAGGAAUAGCGUUUCAAACUGGAAUACUAUCACAGACAAUGAAGAAUUUACCAAAUAGAGUUGUACAUUGUCCAGACUCUGUAAGGCAGGGUAACAUGACAAGUGUUACAUUGAUAUUCUCUUUGAUAUCAAUUGAAUACGUUGGAAAGAUUAGGAUUAGGUUGGAUGCAUCUUCAGUGCCCAAUGUGGCACCUUCGCCAUCACAAUGCAACAAUAUUACCAACACACAUACAUGCAUUACUGAUGGACAGACAUUCAAUGUGGGCACACCAACACUAUAUACAUUCCUAGUUGAUCGACCCAUGAACCUAUCAUUUAUGUGUGCACCGGUAGUAUUGGAUCUUGUGGAGAUGGAUGUGUAUGUGUCUGAUCUAGUACCCAAUCCAGAUAUGACCAAUCACAAAUGGAUGUUUGCUAAUGGACAUAAGUUGGCUGGAGUUUUUGGAGUGAUGCCAUUGACACCUUGGCCCAAUGGAACUGCAAAGGUGCUGUAUGUGAGCAUCAACACUAUUAGGCCUAAGCCAUGCACUUUCACAUCACAUGUGAAGCCUUGGUUGAUUCCAGUGCACACACGCGAUCGUGUCGAUUCGAUCACCAGAGUAUAUAAUGGAGCACAGCUCAUCAAUCCCGAUGGCUCAUUGAUGUUCAAUCAGAGAGCACCUGCAACAAAUCUACCAUACCUCUACUUUGGAUUCCCAUGGUCCACUCCUUUCAUCAACUCGUACCCAGUUGAGACGGCCAACCCAUUUGCACCAGUGCCAGUGUCAAUCAAGAGUGAUCAAUACCUUAGUCAACUCUACCUAUCCGAGUAUGUUGACAAGAUCAGUGUGCCCUCGAGUCCAUUCAAGCCCAAGUCAUUCCAGGCUAACUACCAACUCUCCAAACAAGUUGAUGACUAUCGUAUACUGUUCAACAACUAUGACUCCAUUUCCAAAGCCAAACUCAAGUUCACAGGAUUACUUUUUGACAUUGAUGGAAAUUAUGAGGAUAUUAUGACGCUUAUCAAGGUUUAUCAAGCCAACAUGUCAGCGACAAGUAAUGAUUAUCAGAUGGUCAGUCUAAGAUACAACAUGGACGUCUUGUCAUUCAUGGACGCUUGGCAAUCCUGUGUGAAUCAGUCGCAAAACUACAUGAUGGUGAAGUCGGAGAACAUCACGGUGACGACCAACUCGUGUCCAGACAUCUACAUCAGAUCUGGAGAGUACAACUCUGAUCCAUGUUGUAAUAAGUACGCCAAGUUUGCACAGUGUUGUCAACCGAGACAAGUGACCAUCUCUGUGGACAGUCUGGUUGGCUUCCACACCGACCAGCUCAACCAGCAAUGCACCAGUCCAACAUGCACUCAAUCAGUUCUGCAAGACUUCCACACAUCAUCGUCUCGUAUUGCCAAAGGUGAAUGCUCACUCUCACUUCUUCAAUACAAUCGUGGACAAUAUGAGCUGGUCCAGCUUCUGCAGCGAUGCAAGGACCUCGCGUAUACAAUGUCAUGGUGUGACAACGACACUCAAUGCGAGCAGGCUGGUAGCACAUGCAACAUUCUCACACGCAAAUGUAUGAUCCCGUUGGUCGUUCAAGACCGAACAUACAUCACAUGUGUGCUCAAUGGCUCAUCCAUCUCGACAUUGUUCAAUCUCCAAAGACAACUCAUCUCUAGCUUGAACACAAGUUCAAGUUCAGACUCGAGCAUCCAGCAUAUAACCGACAUGGUCUUCAAGACGUACAGGGUGAACGACUGUACAUCCCCUGUUACCAACACCUUUCGCUCAUAUUACGUCUACAUGAUACCCGGCCAGAGUGGAGUGUGUUUGGACCGAUACUGUCCAAUGCAACAUAGGACAUUCAUGGACUAUGGCAACCAAGUGGGAUCCCAACGCUACCUCAUGCCACCUGAAAUAUGCAUCUACAAUGGAUACUGCCCUCACAACCCAUACCCGUGCACGUCGGCCUACCAAGGCUGUGCAGACUGUACCAACAAACAUGACUUUUGUGGCGUGUGCGCCGAGCAGACGCCAUGUCGAGUGCUCAGUUACCCUCAGGCAACUUGUAAUAACCUCACAUCGGUGUGUGUACAACCCAAUGGAGCCGUGCAGGUUGUUAACACCACAUCACAGUGUGCCGACCUCGGACAAUGUACCGGUGAUUGUGGAGUGCAGUGUUUGGGCCCGACAACGUGCAUCACCAAUCUAACACAGAUCCUAUGUGGUAGCAACAACGCAAGCCUCACGUUCGCGUACAGGGUAGAGACCAAUACAUGCAUGAUCACCAACACCGACAAGGCCACAUGCCAACAGAUGGGCUAUUCUUGGGUGGACUGCGUCACACUGACACCCGGCGAGUGUGCCCGUACGAGGAACAAGAUGAUCUGUAGAGUGGCACCCAAACCAUGCUAUACUAGAGAGGAGUGUGAGUCGUCGGGUGGCACAUGCUCGGAUACGUCCUACUUCCAGGAUACCUAUCAUCAAACUCGAGCAGUUGGUCUGUGCGUACACGGGCACACGUCCAUCGUUCAGCCACUCAACCAACCAGCAUGUCCAAUUAACGAAGAUGACAGCCCAAUGGGAUGCUCUGAUCAGUUCUCGAUAUCAACGAGAGAGGAGUGUCAAGCCAAGGGCGUUGGGUUCACUUGGUGGGAGGCAUCGUUCAAUCAAUCAUCGUGUGAGUCACACAUGGGUUGCCUGAUGACAGACUUCUCCAACACAACCACAGGCCAAUCGCGAUACAAUGACAUGACUCAAGAUCAAUGCACUCAAUGUCAGUCCAGUGCCGACAUGUACAAGUGGUCACAAAAGUUCAAGUGGACACCUGGCCGAUGGUUGCCUGGUCUGAUGGCCAAACCAAAGUGGUACUCUGGCAACGAGCUCAACUUUGUCAACACAUCAAGGUUCGGUGACUCAUUCAAUCUUGAUGGAUUCGCCACAGCCAUGUCCAACAUGAUGAAGUAUGAUCUCAUUCGCUCGACAUGUCAAUUCCAAGGAGUACAGGACAGUGUUGAUGCUGUGUCAUGCAGUUGCUCUGGAUCGGGUGUCAGUCAAUGCUUCCAAUCAACAUCCGUACCAACUCAAUCACUUCAAGCGUGCGCCACUGUGCCCAAGCAGUACCCUAUCAACAAUGGAUACAUACAGUUUGACGAGACAUCAGUUCCAGAGUCGUGCGUUCAGGUCACAGUGUCGGAGCUCACGCGUGAGACUUAUGCUUCGCCACCAACUCGCGUGCCACUCAGUGCCGAGUUCUUCAGUUACAAGCCAUCAGUCAAGUAUGGAAUAACAAAUGACAAUGGAGUGUUCAUCGGUGUAAUCACAAACAAUGGCAUCAAUGUCCAGGGUCCGGUCGAUCACUUUACAAUCUGUCAAUCAAUCUCAAUCGCGGCUCAGGGCGAUUUCAACAUCGAUGACUUUGCGCUGGUUUUGGACAACAGUACAAAUGCCCCUCUCAGACCCAUGGAGGUCAAGCUCAGCCGUGGCCAGCCUUACCUCUGUGCCGAAUUCACAAGGCAGUCACAGUCUGGCGCCGCCAACACUAGCAUCAUAUUGUUCCCGAUCAUCAGAAUUGCCGACUGGAAGGACUCCAAGGAGUUCUUCACCAAGUCGCAGACAGUGUUGAUGUACAUCUUGGCAGUGAUCUAUGCACUCUGCGCACUCUGGGGAUUGUUCCAGAUCAGUGUGAUUGUGAUGAGAUUGAUCAGAAGGAUUGAGGGACCUAAGUUGGCACAUGCACUAAUCACAUCAAUCACAUGUUAUACAUUCAUCCGAGCGAUAUACUUCUUCAUUCUUCCAACUGGCACGUUGUACUCAUCGACUGUAUCAGACUAUGUGUUGGUGAUUCUGCCAACAUUCAUCUACUUCACUUGCUUCUCAUUCAUUCUUGGAUUGUGGUACAUCCUG